AUGCCGAAGUCACUGAGCCGUCGAGGCAAUCGGUCAAUGACCAACAGUCCCUGCACAUCACCCUUUACAUCACCGACAGACGAAAAGGAAGACCCCUUCCGGCGCACAUCAAGUCCUGGACCUGUUGCUUUUGUGCCUUUCGAGACUGGUAUUUCCGGAGGUGUCGGCACAGAUGCACGGCGGGCUGUUCGUGUACAGGCUGCAAGAGCUAGUGCGGCGGCGAGGAAGGCGACGAUAGCAAAGAAGCUGGCAGUCAUCAAAGGCGAAAGAGAUGGCAGCUCUCCAACCGCGGCGGUCAGUGACGAUGAAAGUAGUCCCAAUUCCGCGUCGAGUUCAGCCUUGGAGAGACAGAUGAAGGAAGAAGAAGCAAGGCCCAAAGUCGCUAUCAGCCGAUUACCUCAAACCGACUCAUCCAACCUUACAUCCAAUCUUCAAGAAAUGGAGAUCUCACGGGUGUACCCAACCACGAAAUGGCAUCCCAAAAUGCCUGAAGUCGUGGAAUACUUCCUGCGGCUGUUUGUUCCAGCCAUCACACCAGCACAUUCCACUGGACGAGAAGACAUCCGAGCACAUCUUUGGCCGCAAGCUCAGAACGAUGCUGCGUUAUUCCAUGCGCUACUCUUGCUUGCCGCAAGCCAUGCUGUGGUUUCUCGAGCGUUAGAUGUCAGCCCAGAGCUGAUCAGUCAGCUCAAAUACACCACGCUCGAAAGCAUCAAUACUGCCAUCGGAAGGUCGAGUCAAGACGGUCGCAUGCAAGAUCCGGCCAUCACUGCGAUUGCACUACUUGGCGGCUGGGAGUUGGAGUACGGCGACCCGGUCAUGUACGACACUCACAUGGGUGGUUUGACAGGCAUUGUGAACACAGUCCGAGGAGGUCUCUCAGGCAUACAAAUACCAAAUGGUCCGCCUCCGCUACCACCCAUCACAAGAAACAUCAUCUUAGGCUCGGGACACGACUCAGCACUCUACUCCGGCAGAACACCCUUCUUCGACCACCCCGCCGGGAACCCACGAAUGGGCAUGCCCGUCCUCCCCAGCACUCUUCCCAUCGGCCUCGAAGAGCUCCGAGCCCAACGCUUAGUCCUCCCCAACCUCCUCCACCUCCUCUGCCGCCUCUCCUACAUCGUACCACGAGACACAUCCUCCCAUUCCCGCCUUAUCGAUACCGAACAAAUCCUCUCCGAAUGGGAAUACGGACAAGUCACCGCCGCACGCUUCGACAUCUCCCAAACCAUUCUCGAAGACGACCUGAAAUGGCAAAUCCACACUUUCAUCCGCCUCGCCGGUCUCGGCCUCUGCGGCUUCUUCCACCUCGCCAACGGCGCUCCUUCUUACGAACCUCUCCACCAAUGUUACGAAGACUCCCAAGUCCUCCACGCCGACCUUUUCCUCGGAACCGUGUACGAGGAAGUCCUAUUCUGGGCUCUCUUCACACUCUGCGCUACGAGCGGGCACUCGGAGGCACACCACAUGCGGACUCUCAAGCGCUUGCAAGUUGCGUUGGCGAUCCCCAGCUGGGCGGGUCUGACUGAGUUGAUGGGAAAGUAUGUCUACCCGAGUCAGAUUUUGGGGAAUAGGGCUUUUGCGCUGUGGACUGCGAUUAGUUUGAGUUCGAUUAGUGAGUAUCAGAGAGAGGUGAGGGAGCCGACGAGUCAAGAAGGCGAAUCCUCAUACAGCAGCCAGGCCUCCGAUGUGACUGCCUUUGGAUUCCAAAUUACUUGCUUCCCGACUCCGUGCUCGCUGCUGCUUUGUCGAACACAAUCCUGCCGCGCUCUUGCUUCUCCGCCGCACGUACCGUCUCUCCGCUCGACCAUCGAUCCGACGGCACAGACUGAACGUGUCGUGGCGAUGCUAAUGUCCAAGUGCUGCUGA